CCAAACUGUAACAAUAUGAAACUUUCUAUUGGAGCUGUUAAGCCAUGCAGCAGUUAUAAACGCUUGGCUAUCCCUACAUGUGGCGCCACGGCUGUCAGCAGCACCACCAACAAUGUUAAGACUAAGUCGUUAGCAGCUAAAAACCCGAAAUUAUCAUGGAAUUCUGUUGAAUUUGACUGUCUCACUCACUCAGUGAAACUAGGAAAAAAAUGGAUGGAAUAUCAAGGAAGCAACAAUUGGGAAGGUUUGCUUGAUCCACUUGAUCAUAAUCUACGAACUGAAAUUCUCCGUUAUGGACAGUUCGUUGAAGCAGCUUAUCGUUCCUUCGACUUUGACUCUGCUUCUCCGACUUUCGCCAAGUGUAAAUACGAUAGGAAUUCCCUUCUCACGCGCUCCGGAAUCGGAGAAACUGGCUAUAGAAUAACCAAGAAUCUACGAGCCACUGCUGGAGUACAGUUACCCACCUGGGUUGAUAGAGCGCCAAGCUGGGUUUCAACACGGUCCAGUUGGAUUGGUUACGUGGCAGUUUGUCAGGACAAAGAAGAGAUUGCCAGGCUUGGAAGACGUGACGUGGUCAUUGCCUUCAGAGGAACAGCUACUUGCUUAGAAUGGAUUGAAAAUUUACGCGCCACCUUAACUAGUUUACCUGAUGAUGCGGCCAUGGUGGAGAGUGGGUUUCUGAGUCUCUACACUUCAAGAACAGACAAGUGUCCAAGUUUAAAAGAAAUGGUGAGGGAAGAAAUUUCAAGAAUCGUUGAAAUGUACGGUGAUGAACCACUUAGUUUUACGAUCACCGGACACAGUCUGGGAGCUGCACUUGCUACACUGACAGCUUAUGAUAUAAACUCGACCUCUUCCAAUGCAGCAAUGGUGACUGUAAUUUCAUUCGGAGGGCCACGUGUCGGCAACAGAAACUUUAGAUGUCAGCUGGAAAGAAAGGGGACGAAGAUUCUUCGGAUCGUAAAUUCAGAUGAUCUUGUAACAAAAGUGCCUGGAUUUGUGACUGACAAUAAUGACGUGGCAAACAAUCAGGCAGUUAACGUGGCAGGAAUUCCAAAGUGGCUUCAAAAGCGCAUGGAAGACGCACAGUGGGUUUAUGCUGACGUGGGAAAAGAGCUAAGACUUUGCAGCAAAGACUCUCCUUACCUUAGCAAUGUUAAUGUGGCCUCUUGUCACGAGCUGAGUACGUAUCUCCACUUGGUUAAUGGUUUCGUGAGUUCCACGUGUCGAUUUAGAACGUCGGCAAGGAGAAUCUUGACAAGUGAGAGAGGCUUCGCUUGGGGCCAGUAGCAAAAUCAUGUGUAUAAAUAUUUUUUUUAUUAAUUUAUUUAUACAAAAUAAAGUGAGUAGGUG